UGGCGUCUAUGUUAAUGUUAUCAAUAUCUGGUACGGAGGCUAUAUAUAUAUAUAUAUAUAUAUAUGAAAUCCAUUCUGCUUACCGAUAUCAGGGCCUGGCAGGGCUGGGCAGCGAGAAUGCUCCUCCGUAGCACUUCUUCCCCUCUCCUUAACUCGUGGCUCCCUUCUUCUUGUUCUUCUUUAUCUUGUCCUUGCUCCUCAAAGGAAGCCCAUCAUGAGAGCUUCGGCGUCUCGGCAGAAGUGGUGGCGAUCCCCAGAGCCCCAAGGAGGCCUGUGAUAACCCAUGCUCUAUCUGACCCCGACCUAUCGGAUCUCUCUGCACCAGUUGCUACGGUGAGAAAGAGAAGGCCUUUGACGGCUUCCCACAAGGACGAGGCUAGUCCUCGCCAAACUCAUGACCAAGACAUCACCCAUUGUAUCGCAGGCAAGAGCCCUCGUUCCUCGCUCCUACUCUCCUCCUCCGGCCUCGUGGAUGCCACAUCUUUCCCUUCUUUCAAGUCUGGUGUCCAUCAUGACUCAAUCCUCAGUAAUGGCUUUGCCGGCGAGGGCGGUGGUGGCAGUGGGAAUGGUUAUCUCGGCUUCUCUGCGGAACGCAAUGAGGACGACGAGGAUGGGAAAAAAGAUGGCAGCACCACAGUCACAGAUGCCUAUUAUCAGAAGAUGAUUCAAGCCAACCCCGGGAACUCCCUCAUCGUCGGGAAUUAUGCCAAGUUCUUGAAAGAGGUCCAUGGCGACCUUCUAAAAGCUCAGGAAUACUGUGAACGGGCACUUAUGGAGAAUCAGAGAGACGCCACCAUUCUCGCCUUCUAUGCAGACCUGAUCUGGCAGUCCAACAGGGAUGCCCAGAGAGCGAAGCUUUAUUUCGACCAAGCUGUGCAAGCAGCUCCACAGGACUGCUAUAUAAUGGCUUCUUAUGCUCGAUUUCUGUGGGACGCCGAGGAGGAUGUUGGAGGAACAGGAGAUGUAGAGAGAAACAGGACACUGCCGCCCAUGCACCCCGAUGCAGUCCCACCUUCAAUUGCUGCAGCUUUCUAAGCGUUGGAUUCGUGGUUUUUUUUUCAUGCUGCUCUCAUGACUGCUCUGUGAUUUUGCAAAUAACUAUUAACCAUUGUCCAGUUUUUCAUUUCCAAGCUUCUUUCUUCA